ACGAAAGCGAGAGAGAAAGCACAAAAUUUCACAGAAAAACAGGGGAAAGAAAUCAGAGAGAAAAAGCUGAAACAGAAAGAAAACGGCGUUAUUCAUGGACGAAGAAGAAGUAUGGAAAUGUCAAAAACACCCUUCGAAACGAAGGAAGAGUGGAAUUUGUCCAAUCUGUCUCCGUGAACGUCUCGCAACUCUCUGUCCCGACUGCGCUAACGUGCGCCCGUGUUCCUGUUACGCUACAACUUCUUCUUCGUCUUCUUCAGCAUCCUCAUCGUUUUCUCGAUUUUCUGUCACCGGUGAUUCCAUCGGAGCGGUUGGUAAAGUUUCCAAUCUCAUCGAACGAGAGCCUUCGAUGCGACGGUCGCGGUCGAUGGCGAUUCCGUUUCUCCGGUCGCGGUCGCGAUUCUCCGGCGCCGAUAAAGAGUUCGAUCCUGAUAUCGUGACGGAUUCGCCGGCGAUUAACGGAAGCAGGUCAGCGAGGUCGUUUUGGUCAUUGUUCAAGUCACACAAGAGUGAAAGAGGGAGCGAAUUGGAGCAAGAUUGGGAAGCGAAGAAGGUUUUGAUGGAAGAACGCGACGGCGAUGUUAGUAAAAAGGCGGUUAUGGCUAGGUCAAGGUCGGUUGCUGUGGCGGCGGUUUCCGGUGACGGAGAAUUUAGACCGCGUUCAAAGGGAAGAGGAUGGUUCUUUCCGAGCCCGAUGAAGGUUUUCCGGCAAUCGAAGGUUUCUAAAGUUGUUCAGGAACGGUCUCCUUUGUACAGAGGUUGAAAUUUUGUAGAUUAAUUAAGAUUAAGAUAAUUCUCAAUAUUAACCCAAAAUGAUUAAUUUAUCUUAAUCAUUAUUAUUCACUAUUAAUUUUCAUUAAAAUUCCAGUGUUUUAGUAUAUUUCUCAAGACUUGGCUGGAAAUGUUGAAUUUACUCUUUACAAAUAAUAUAGUGACAAAAACGGUUAUCGUUAUUUGAGUUGUUGUAUAUAGUAUUUGAAUUUAGUGAUUUUAGUUAUUUGAUUAUUUCUAAAUUAGUGAAUAA